UGUCAGCUGUCAUAUCUGUGUCACUGCUCAAUAAUGCCCCAGCCUGUAAUUUUAAAUUAUUUUCACAUAAAGUCAUAAAUGUAUCAGAAUUGGAUUCUCCCCAAAGAAAAAAUGCUUACUACCAUCAAGGAGCUUCUUGACGCUCUUGGAUGUAGUUUAGACGCCGACACGGUGCUUGAGUACAUUCAGAACGAUCCUAACUAUGGCAACAGCAGUCUCUCAUCCAAACAAGUGAACGAGUACGCUCAGAGAUUAGCUCUGAAAGCUUCCAAUGCCAAAGCUUUCAUCAAGAAGUAUGAAGAGCUCAGAAAUCGAAACACUGAUAACUUACCAGAUAUUAUCUUACUGUUCUACAAACUGGUAUUUGAUGAGAAACGGACUAAGGCUUCAAAGCCAAAAGUAGCGCCAAAGCCUAUUCUAGGGGAUAAUAAACACCAAAUCACCAAAGAAGACCUUCCUCAGAUCAAAGACAAGCUACUCAAGGCAGUAGAUGAAAGUAAAAAGUAUGUGAUGAAGUCAUUUGAAGAGAAGGAAGCGCGGCUGCGGCCAAACUGGUACAACAGCCUGGACCUGCCCAACUGGCAGAAGGACCAUCCCGCCAUGUCAUGGGACUUCCCCAAGGAGCCUGUCGCUAUCACUGCUUCGUUGGCUGGCGUUCCUCUGGCUUCACAGGAGAACAUGAUAAUAGAUGACCUACUGUAUGUAUUCUCUGGGGUCCCCGGCAAUUAUAUAGUCCACCAGGCAACAAAAGACACUUAUGAGCCCAGGAGUUUCAAUAUAUCUGAUGACUUAGAUGAUGCUUUGAAGCAGAUAGUGCAGCAAAUGUUGCCGCUAGCGUCGAAUUAUUCAAUAGUGAGGCGGUUCAUUGAGCAGUGUGAUAUGUGGUCGGGACAAGUGCUCCAUGCUUUGGUUGCGGCCAUUGAAAUACUAUUGAAAGAUUAUUAUACAAUGCUAGCCCAGUUGGAGACGGAGCAUAUGUCGGGCGGCCUGACGCUGCAGAAGCUGUGGUACUUCGUGUUGCCCACCAUGCACACCAUGCAGGUGCUGGCGGCCGUCGUGACGCACAUCGGCCAGAGCGAGCUCCGCGGCGGCAGCGUGUUGACCGCCCUCCACGACAAGACCAACAAGCUGCUGGGCGACACGCGCGCCCAGGAGAUCUCGCUCUUCCUCACCGAGCGGGCCUGCAAGCCCUUCUUCAGUAUCCUGGACCAGUGGAUCCAUAAGGGGGUCAUUGUGGACCCGUUUCAGGAGUUCAUGAUAGAGGACAACGAGCUGGUGAACAAAGAGGAGCUGCCGGUGGACUACUCGGCCGACUACUGGGAGAAGCGCUACAGCGUGCAGCGCGACCGCGUGCCCCGGUUCCUCGACAAGUACACCGACAUCAUACUGCGCACCGGCAAAUACUUGAACGUCAUCAGCCAGUGUGGCAACGCAAUAAUGAAGACUAACGUAGAGGAGAUAAAGUACUCUCUAAUAGAACAGAACUACAGCGGCGUCGUUCAAAAAGCGUUCGCGUUCGCCAGCAAAUCUCUCUUGGAACUGCUGCUCAAGGAGUACGAUCUCAUGGGCCGUCUGAAGUCGGUGAAGAACUAUUUCUUCAUGUGUCAGGGUGACUUUAUCGUGCAGUUCAUGGAUGCGACUGAGCAAGAGCUGUCGAAGAAGAUUGAUGACAUCAUUCCGUCCAAAUUGGAGUCCUUGCUGGGGCUUUGCUUAAGGCUUUCAGCGGCCAGUCACGACCCUUACAAUGAGGACAUGCGAGUUGAGUUGCUUCCGUAUGAUCUGCAGUUCCAAAUGUUCAAGAUUCUCUACAUAGAGACGGAAGACGAGAAAGAAUACAAACAGAACAAGGACAGUCCGCCGCUGACCGGCAUAGAGACGUUCACGUUCGGUCUGGAGGUGAAGUGGCCGGUGUCGCUCAUCCUCAACCACAAGGCCAUCGCCUGCUACCAGAUGAUAUUCCGCCACUUAUUCUACUGCAAACACGUCGAGAGACUCCUCUGCAAAGUGUGGCUGUACAACAAGGUGGUGAAGCGGUUCUCGGAGGCGCGGCUGUACGCGGACGCGUUCGCGCUGCGCCAGCGCAUGCUGAGCUGCAUCCAGCACCUGCAGUACUACAUGUGCGUCGAGGUCAUCGAGCCGUCCUGGUGCCAGCUCAUACACAGCCUGGAGAAGGUAGGUGUAUCACACACGUAG